CAAAAUCAGCCUCUGCUCGUGUUUUCUGCUUCUGUCCGGUGCAGUUCCACACUCUGCCGCGAGGGGCGCCAACAUGCGGUGGAGAGCCGGAAGUUGUGGAGCUCGUUUCCCGUGGAGCCUCUCGCUCUCAGAUCUUUCCGCUUCACGUGCGAGUGUUUUUCUUUUUGUUGUCUUUCAUAAACGCCUCCGUCCACACUACCGGCCUCCAGGUGAUCUCCGGUCAGCGUUCCCGCCUCCCGUUCUCCCCCGGUGACCUUCCGCGAGGAGGUCCGGUCCCGAUGGCCAGCGGAGGCGAGCAGCGGCCCGCGGCGGAGUCCAACGAGCACGACUACGCGAACCGGAACCGGGCCGGCCCAGAGCACGCGAUGCCGGAGGAGCUGCUGGAGCCCGCCCUGGGCUCGGAGGUGGACUGUCCCGGGGCGGACCCGGACUCCCAGCACGCCGGUUCCCCGGUCGCGCCGCGACACCCCGCGCGUGCGGAGGACGGGAACUGCGCGUGCUGCCAGCUGCUGUUCGAGCGCCACGGACGCUCGUUCAACCGCAGGGCCGUGUACACGUUCACCACCCCGGACACCGUUCGCUGGGUCUUCCCCGAGUCCACGGUCACGGAGAAGUCCUUCCUGUGCGAGAGGUGCGCGCAGGUGAUCCGCACCAGGGGGAGGCGCAAACAGAGCGGGAAGCGCAGCCUGUGGCUGAAGCCGCCCACGCCCAAGAAGACUAAAGACAAGCAGGCGGUCGGCUGCCGGAUGGGGAAGAAGAGCACGGCGGCGCUGCUGGUCAGCAAGGCCAGCUACAAGGCUGCUCUCCAGGUGCUCUGGUCAGCCAAAGGAGCUCGCAAGCCCAUGCUGGACUUCUUCAGCAAGCAGCUGAAGCUGGAGAUGAAGGAGCUGUCCCGGCAGGCCGACAGCCCCUUCCACCUGAAGGUGUCGGGCAGGAAGCCGCUGUCGUCCUUCCCCUGGCGGCGGUGUGCAAACUGGGCUCAGGAGAAGGCUCCGCUGGUGGGAACGUGUCUGCGCUCCAUGUUCCCCGACGUCAACGCCUUCCUCAAAAGCAGCCAUCAGAUGUCGGAGGAGCAGGCAGUAACGCUGCUGGAGCGCCGCACCGUAGUGGCGCUCGCCAUCCCGCUCUUCACCAGGAACAACUGGAGGAACAACUUCUUGCAAGCCGCUCUGGGGGCGGAGCUACGACUGCAGGGCUGCUCUGGCUCCGCCCUCGACACCCUCAACACCAUGGGCUUGUGUCAGAACAAAGACACGGUCAGGCUGCUGCUGCACCGGCUGGGAAACGGCAAAGACGCGCUGGAUGGAGAGCUGGGCAUGAUGGGAAAACACGAGCAAAGGAAAGAACCGAUGGGAGACGUUUCAGCUGAUGAAAAGGAUGACGAGGAGGAGGAAGAGGAGGAGGAGGAGAUGAGGGUCGAGGAGGAGGUGGAACAGGAAGAAGUGCAGGACGAGCUUCAGGAGGAAGAUGAUGUCAAAGAAACCAAGAGGAGGCGCAAGAAGGCAAAGAGGCAGAAGGAGGAAAAGAGGAAGGGGAGAGGAAAACGGAAGGAAAGGCAGGAAUCUGAGGAGGAGGAGGAGCAGAAGAAGAGGAAGGUGGUGGUGGUGAGGCUCGGCCUCCUAAAGGGACACUCUGAGGUGGGAAGGUCUGACCUAUCAGCUCCUUAGGACGCCUCAUGCUCCGCCCACAAGUCGAGGCUGGGCUGAACCCCCCACUCUGGUCACAUGACCGCCUCCAGCGAGCGGCCGUCCUUCCUGUGAUUCAGAACAAUCUGUUGUGAUGCUGCACGUCUCCUGAGGAAGAGACAGCACGCCGUCGUCCUGUCCAAUCAGAACGCUGGAUUUAAAGCAGCUUCAUGGAAUCAAAGACUCUAAAGAUUCUCAUGUUUGCAGGAUCGUCCGAAUGAACGCCGAGUCGACAGCUUCCUAAAGGAGCCAAGUCAGGGCCAUAAAUAUUUCAAACUCAAAACAUUUUGAUAAAAAUAUUGAUGUUUGACCAAAAAAAACGUUAAAUGUCCAAAAGUUUUUUCUAUUCUCAAAUAAACAGAAUUAUUUUCA